GGGCUAGACACCACCUUCGAGCGCGCUCCUGACGAUGACCCUCAUGUCUCCUCCGCUCGCACACAUCUUUUUCUCAAGGUCGAUGAUCCAGUCUUCAAGGUCUCCGUUGGCUCUCACGUGUUCUACAUCUCAAGUCCAUUCACUACCACCCAUGGAUAUCCAGUCGGUCGCGGUACUCGAUGUUACGAAGCAUACAACCCCGUGAAUGGGAAACGCGUCCUUCUGAAAGACACUUGGAGAUAUGCAGAGUACCCUCCGGAGCACGAAAUCUACGAAAAGCUCCGUGACUCGGGCGUUUCGAACGUUCUUCGGGUCGUUGCUUGGGGAGACGUCGAGGGCCCUCUUCAGACUUGCGGUCGUGAUGGUGGGCUCCGAGAGCUUAUUCACUAUCGGAUCGUCUUAGACGAGGUCGGGAAAUCUCUCACCGAGUUCGACUCGACUCAUCAGUUUAUAACUGUGAUCCGGGACGCAUUGCGAGCACAUCGAGAGGCGUCGCAGGCGGGAAUCCUUCACCGGGACAUAUUCGUCGGCAACAUCGUCAUUGUUGAAGGUCGAGGUUAUCUUAUCGAUUGGGAGCUCGCCAGUGUAGGCGACACGCCAAUGAGGGCUAGCGAACGCACAGGGACGUAUCAGUUUUUUUCACUAGCCCUUCUCAAAAAUCCUAGCAAACGCCACGAGACCAGCGAUGACAUCGAAUCGUUCUUGUGGGUGAUGUUGUGGAUCGCGAUCCGACAUGCGCCCAAC